UUUAUUUAUCAUAAUUUUUUUGUCGGCCAAAAAUUUAUUACUCUUUUCAUUUUAUUUAUUCCCUCUAUUUUGUUUUACAAGUCGUUUUAGUGGAUUUCACACGAUUUAAGACAGUUAAGAUAAUGUAUAUAUUAUUAUUCUUCUUCGUUAAUUUAAUAUUUACCUUAAAACUAUUAACUCUAGAAAAUGCUUUAAAUUUGAGAGUAGAUAAAACCAAUAGUUAUCAUAAAUUGUUUAAAAUUAUUUUGACCCAAAACAAAAUUUCUAAAACGAUUUACAAAACAAAACGGAGGGGGUAUCGUUUAAGGUUUAUUCACGUAUAUUAAGAAAAUCUUUAAAUUUUCUAUAUUCCUAAUUAAUAAAGUGUUUUAUUUGACUUUAUUAAUUAGUUAAUAAACUAAAAAUAGAGAUAAAAGUGGAAAACUAGAAAACAUACGCAUUGAAAAUAUAACACGAGACUUAUGAUAAAAGAAAUUAAAAUUAUUCAACGACAAUUAAAAUAAAACGGAAAGAAUAAUGAACAUCAUCGAUAAUUACAACAUAUUUAAGGAAAGAUGGACAAGUAUUAUAAAUUGUAUAUUUAGUUGACUACUAGAAUUUCAUAUCAUUUAUUAUAUUUAUUAAAUUAUUUUUUCUAAAUUUAAACAAUGGAAUCUGAAUGAGGAAUUAAUGGCAAGGAAAAGACUUAGACUAUAGUUGGAAAGAUAUAUGGGUAAGAUCAAACAAUGUAUUAUUUACAAUGAAUUUGGUCAUAAAAGAAAAAGAAAAAAAUCUAAAAAAUCAUUAUGAGAGUCAGAUGAUAAUAAAAACAUCACACUAUUAUAGGCUUCAACAUCAUCUAGAACAUAAAAAAAAUUUGAACUUAGUCAAUGUGUGUUGGUAGAAAGAAAAAGAUGAAUGACUUAAUAAAUAAGAAAAGAAAGUAAUAUGUAAAAAUGUCAGUUAUUUUCUGUACGUGGUGGGUCACAUCUCAACUAUAUUGAACUUUACGAAGGCAGAUAAAUAGGAGGCAUGAAGACUCCUUCUUCUUUACUCUGAAUUGACUUAGACGGAGAGAGAUAAAUAUAAAGAUCUCAACUUUCUAGAGAGAGAGAGAGAAGCGGAAGAGCUAGUUCUAAAGCUUAGGUUCGAUGAAAGCUCUUCGACGGAUUCAAACGCGGUCUUCUUUUCCAAAUCCUUCGUCGCCAUUAUUCUCUUCUCCCUCGUCUUCAUCUUCUCCAUGGACUCACUUGCGUUCUGCUCUUGUCCUUGUCACUUCUUCAUCUCCCGCAAAAUCUUCUUCUUCCUCCUCCAAUCCGAAUCGAGUAAAAUCACCGUGGUCACGGUUUAAACGGAAAAAGCCCCUCACGCUUCAACGGUGGAAAAGCUUCUUCACCCCUGAUGGUAGACUUCGGAACAGAGGAGUUGGUUUGUUGAAGAAAGUCAGGAGUAGAGGUAUUGAUCCUAGCAUCCGUUCAGAGGUGUGGCCCUUCCUUCUUGGAGUGUGUGAUUUAAAUAGCUCCAAAGAAGAGAGAGGUGCUAGAAGAACUCAGAGAAGAAAAGCGUAUGAGAGACUACGCAGGAAAUGCAAAAGGCUUCAAAGACAAGACAGCUGCGAGUUCAAGUUAAACAAGAUCAAUAAACCUCCUCCAGACAAGCAUAAUGGUUGGUCUUUUCCGCAAGACACUGACAGUUCCUGUUCUGAUGAGUCACUCUCUAGCGACAAAGAAAACACAGAAGAUAUUGGGUACAUGAGUGACGACGUCUCAUGUACUCUUGACAACAACUACAGUGGCUCAACACACGUGAACUCUGAGUCUUCAGACUCAGAUUCUUUAGACGACAACAACUCUGUUCAUGCCUUUCCUUCUACUCAAGGGAGAGAUGACAAUAGUACUUCUCCAUCAAGCAUAUACAAUAUCUCCCGCACCAAAGAGGAUUUUGUUACCUGGCAGCGUAUAAUCCGCCUAGACGCAGUCCGCGCCGACACAGAAUGGUUCCCAUACUCCCCAUUCCAAGCCUUAGUAUCCGAAGCCAAAGCGCGACGCGCUGCUGCAGCGGUUAGUCUAAAAGACUACACUCACUUAGAGCCAUGGAAGAUCUUUCACGCCGCGCGCCUCGUGGCCAUCCUCGAAGCCUACGCCUUGCACGACCCCGAGAUAGGCUACUGCCAAGGGAUGAGCGACCUUCUCUCCCCAAUACUCACAGUCAUCCCCGAAGACCACGAGGCCUUCUGGUGUUUCGUAGGGUUCAUGAAAAAGGCUCGUCAGAACUUCAGGGUCGACGAAGUUGGGAUCACGAGGCAGCUCGGCAUAGUCUCGAAGAUCAUCGAGUCCAAAGACUCGAAGCUCUACAAGCACCUUGAGAAAGUCAAGGCGGAGGAUUGUUUCUUUGUCUACAGAAUGGUGCUCGUAAUGUUUAGGAGAGAGCUGACGCUGGAGCAGACGCUGUUUCUCUGGGAAGUGAUGUGGGCGGAGCAAGCUGCGGUGAGAGCUGGGGUUGGGAAGGCUUCUUGGAGCAGUAGAAUAAAGCAGCAGGCUCCUCCUACGGAUGAUCUGUUGCUAUAUGUGAUAGCAGCUUCGGUGUUGCAGAGGAGGAAAGUUAUCAUCGAGAAGUACAAUAGCGUGGAGGAGAUAUUGGGGGAGUGUCAUAGUAUGGUUGGGAAGCUAGACGUGUGGAAGCUCUUGGACGAUGCACGUGACCUUAUUAUUACCCUCCGCAGUAAGAUUGAACAAUAUGAUCACAUAAGGUCAGAAUCAAAAAUAGGCAUGUGAUUUUUUUUUUGUGUGGUGAUGUUUGUUUCUCUACCUGAGUUUGUUGAUAGAUGGUGGCUUGCUGUAUCUCCAUUUUGAAUUUUGUAUGUGUAACAAACAAGUCUUGUGCCGGGGGAAGAGAAUCUUUCUCCGGUGAUAUAAUAAUUGUGGAUUACAUA